AUGAGAGUUGGGCUUAACAAUGUCGGUUUAUUCGUUGAAUUCAUUGAAUUCACUGGAUUCUUUUUCACCAUCGGUCUCCAGGGUGUUGCAGCGCAGGACAUCAUCUGCGCCGUCAGUGAAUCGCGAGGCGUCUCAUCCACCGUUGGCCUCGCAUUUGUCAACCUUGCAACAGCUGAAGCAGUGCUCUGUCAGAUAUGUGACAGCCAGACUUAUGUCAAGACAAUCAUCAAGAUUGGUGUUUUUGAACCCAGCGAAAUUCUGUUCAUGAACACUGCCAAAGAGUCGAAGCUCCGUUAUAUCAUUCAAGAAAAUCUGCCAGAUCCUAUCUUCACCUUCCUGGACCGCAGAUGGUGGUCUGAAAAGACAGGUCACGAGUAUGUGGAUCGGCUGGCUUUUCCAGAGGAAGUCGACUCGCUCAAGGUAACUCUGGGCGGGAACUAUUUCGCCGCGUGUUGCUUCGCUGCAGUUCUCAAGUAUGUUGAGGUCGAACUCCAGCGGUCUUUUACCACGCACUCUCUUCGGAUACGCUUCGAACCGUCCCAGGGGUCCAUGACAAUUGACUUGGCGACUAUUGUAUCCCUCGAACUUAUCCAGAAUCUGCAAAAUGCGAAGUCUAAAGAAAGUUUGUUUGGCCUAUUGAACGAGACAUUGACGCCUAUGGGAGCCAGACUACUCCGAGCUAGCAUCUUGCAGCCUUCAACAGAACGAGUCAAGUUGACAGCCAGAUACGAUGCUGUGGAAGAUCUGGCCACCAAAGAGGAUAUGUUUGUCUCUGUGAGGCAGGCUCUCAAGGGUUUUAUUGAUGCAGAUAAAGUGUUAACUGCGAUCGUCUUGGUCCCCACCAAGCGAACAAUUCAAUAUGUCGAGCAGUCCGUUAACAAUGUCAUCAUGCUGAAGGCUUAUGUGUCUGCGAUCAAAAACAUCUUCCAAGCGCUUGGAGCAGCACAAAGCGAUUUGCUGCUUACCAUACGCGAAUUAUGCGCCCCUGAGGGGCAUCGUUCAAUUGAGGAGCUGAUUGACGCAACUUUGAAUGAGCAUGUAGCCUACCAGUCAAAGCCGCUUGAUCUGAGGAACCAGCGCAUUUACUGUGUCAAGGCCGGCGUCAACAGUCUAUUGGAUGUUGCGAGGCAGACCUACAAAGAGGCAAAUGCAGACGCCUUGGAACUGAUUGAAAAAUUAUCAGGCAUUUGCGAUAUGGUCUUGGACUUGAAGUAUGACACAGCUCGGCAAUACUACAUCUGUAUACCUGCUACAGAAUCAGGUCCACUUCCCGACAUUUUCAUCAAUGUUUACCGCAAGCGAAACCGCAUUGAGUGCCAGACAUUGGAUUUGGUCAAGCUCAAUCAAAAGAUCACAGAUGCCCACAGCGAGGUGAUCAAUAUGAGCGACCAGACAAUCCAGGGCCUGCUCCGAGACGUGUGCACUGAAGUAUCCGGGCUCUUUCGUGUCAGUGAAGCGAUCGCAAUGCUAGACAUGCUCGCAGCAUUCGCUCAGCUGGCAACGAACAAUGAGUACAUCAGACCAGAGCUGACCGACACUCUCGCCAUCAAGGCGGGACGUCAUCCGAUUCGAGAACAGAUUCAUAGCAGCAAGUUCAUCCCAAACGACGCAUAUGCAACACCGCAAACAAGGUUCCAGAUCAUCACAGGCUGCAACAUGAGCGGCAAAUCGACCUACAUCCGCUCACUAGCCCUGAUUACAGUCAUGGCGCAGAUAGGCUGCUUUGUCCCAGCUCAGUAUGCCUCCUUCCCUAUCUCCCACCAGCUCUUCGCCCGCGUCGCGACGUCAGAUGAUCUAGACGCCAACGUUUCGACCUUCGCAGCAGAAAUGCGGGAGAUGGCAUUCAUCCUUCGUAACAUCCAGCCACGCAGUAUGGUCAUCAUUGACGAGCUAGGUCGCGGCACUAGCACAACCGACGGCCUUGCUAUUGCCGUCGCGCUAGCAGAAGCACUAAUCUCCAGUAAUGCCCUCGUCUGGUUUGUCACGCACUUCCACGACCUGGCGCAGAUUCUCGCCGAGCGCAGCGGUGUGAUCAAUCUCCACUUAGCAGCAGACAUCGCUCCCGACGCAUCCAAGAUGACCAUGCAGUACCGCAUUGCAGAAGGUCCUGUUCCAGAUCGUCGGUAUGGGCUCGUCCUCGCAAAGCUCGCUGAUCUUCCACCUGCUGUCUUGGAUAAAGCGCGCUCCGUCUCAGAGGCAAUGGACCAGCUGGCUAAGCAUAGGAACAGCCCAUCGCGUGCUGUCGCUAUUGCCCAGAAGCGGAAGUUGCUUUUGUCUCUGCGUGAACAGUUGUUCCUUGCCCGUGACGGCACGAUGGAUAACGCUAGUCUUCGGGCUUUGUUGAUUAAACUGCAGGAUGACUUUGUGCUGCGCAUGGCUGCUAUCAACAGAGAAAUGGCACUGUACCCCGAUGAUGAAAGUGAGACAAAGGCUCCUACUGAACCUGUUUCCAACUUGUCGGUUCAUACACCUGAAACCCAAGCGUUGGGUUCAAGUGAGAGUACCGAGGGAAUGGACAACACACGGGUGCCUGAGCCUAUUCUGAUCGAAUCCGAUUUGGAUUCUGCAUCCGAGAAUAUCUCUGACAACGAUAGUGUGGUGUUGAUCUGA